UGGAUUUAGAGGGGAGGUAUUAUUAAUGGCCUUCCGCCGAAAUCCCACCCUCCGUCUCCUAUUCUACCUCUGCUUUCCCUUCUUCCUCGUCUUCCGCUUCUUCAGAUGCUUCUCCUAUCCCUUGGGGAACUCCAGUUCGAGCUCUUUGCACCUCCGAAGCAUGGCGGCUGCGAGUGGGUCCGGCAAGAAGCUUCGCAAGCCGUAUACUAUUACCAAGUCAAGGGACAGGUGGACGGCGGAGGAGCAUGAGAGGUUCCUUGAUGCGCUCCUGCUAUUUGGUCGUGAUUGGAAGAAAAUUGAAGACUUUGUUGGUACAAAAACAACGAUCCAGAUCCGCAGUCAUGCUCAGAAAUACUUUUUGAAGGUUCAGAAGAUUGGGUUAGGGAAUCAUGUGCCCCCUCCCCAUCCUAAGUGCAAAGUGGCUCAUCCGCACCCACAAAACUAUACUGACAAUUUUAUCAUGCCUCUGCAGGCAUCUAUACCUUGUCCUUCUGCAUCCAGUAGCCUUAUUCCUGCAUGUGCUGUCUGGGAUGGUCCAUCUAGUGUUAAAAAUUACAGUGAAGCAAAUUCCUUGACAAAUUGCUAUGCUGUUCCUCCUGAAGUGGAAGGAGAUAAUGGAUUAAUGGGGAAGGCAAGCAUCCAUAACCAGAAUAUUAGUUGGAUCGGCAGUUCAAGUAGAUCAUGGCUAACUCCCGAGGCAACAAAGCAAAAGAAUCCUCAGUCAUCAUAUCAUUUGGUACCAGAUUUCGCUCAAGUGUACAGAUUCCUUGGUGGUAUGUUUGAUCCAGAUAUUACAUGCCCAGUGGAAGUUUAUCUGGAAAAGUUGAAGCAGAUGGAUCCCAUCACCGUGAAAACUGUUAUGAUGUUGAUGCAAAACCUCACUUUUAAUCUAUCUAGCCCUGAUUUUGAGCCUCUUAGAAGGUGGCUAUCCACAUAUGAUGCAAACACCAAAACAAUUGGAGUCAUCACUGAGACAGCUGCUCCAGCGCAAGCAGAUAGGUGGUUAUUGGCUUAUGAUGUGAACAGCAACUGAGAUGGUUGGUCCUGCACAGACAUGUAAUUUACCAUGUCAACAACAAGGUGCUAAAAAUCAGUCUUCCUGAAAGUAUGGUAGCAGGGUAUUCUGAUGGUAGCCAUGUAAGAAUAAAAAUUAGAAGGAUGUUAUGCUGGUUGAACUCUGCAAUUCAGUGAUCUAUGUAUUGGAACAGAAGAAUUGCUUUCAGACUUAUACUGUUGCUAUCUUUUUCUAAUGAAAAACUUUUUGUUUGUGGAGCAAACCAAUGUUAAGGACAUAUAUUCUCAA